CUCUCUCUCUCCACGAAUCGGCUCCACUUCUUCGUCCACCACCACCACCACCGUCCACACGUUAGUAGAUUCACCAUUCGCAAAUCUGUCCCUUCAAUCAAGUCGGUCACUAUUUUCACCUUUUUCGAACCUUCGAAACUGUUCCAAAUUAGGAGUGUUUUACAUACUCAUCUAGUGAAGAGAAGGCAGAGGAGCUGAACAAAUUUAAGCUGCAUGCUAAAUGAAAUUCAACAGUAACAUGAGCGCUUCGGAAGAAACCAAGACGGGGGGCGGGGAACCUGGCGCAGCGGCCGCGGGGGGAAGUGAAGAAGGCGCAGGUGGAGGUGGAAACAACGGGUCAGGUGACCUCACUUCGUCGUCUGGAAUCUCGAACGGAACAACGGAAUCUUCUUCUGGGGGAGGAGGAAGUAUCGUGGAUUUGAUGAAUUCUCCCUCAUCGACACGGAGGGAUUAUGCUGAAAAGGAUGACGGCGAUUUUUCUGACUACCUUUGGAUGGAAAAUAUGGAAGAGUACGAUCAGGAGAUCAUGCGUCAACUGGAAGAGGACAUUUUGAUAAGUCAUUAUACGGACUUGUACGAGGACUCUUUGCUCGAGGAUGGCUCCGCCGGACCCACAACUGCAUCCCUUUGUGUCGUCAAUGGGCCAAUCUUGCCCUCUCUCGGCGACCCAGAACUGGACGACAUCGCUCGACAAUUCUCCCGUACCGUGAACUUGGCGUCAACAACCAGCUCUCACAGCCGUCUGAAUCCUAACGCGGCGGAAUUUGUUCCAAAAGGCUUCGGUAACGUGAACUCUUAUCAACGUUAGUUAAUCAUGUUCAAGGUUGAUAAGAAAUAUGAAAAAAUCAAGCUAUAAAUUAACAUGUAUUGUCAUUUUUGUGUGAAUUCAUCAAAUUUCAAAUACUAUGUAAAAUGUUAUUAUGUAUCAGCCGUUGGAAUGAAUAAAAAAUCACAUGUUUUAUAAAUAAAUAAUAUAUAUCGAUAUUUAUAUAUAUUAAGAGAGAGAGAGAUAUUAGAUUUAAUUAAUUAAUUAAAUAAUUAAUUAUCUACCACUAUUAAUUAAUUAGUAAAUACGCUGCGAUAUAUUUAAGUUUAAAUUAUGUAUGUAUACUUUUCGUAUUUACAAUAAUGUGUAGAAUUCUUAAAUUGAAUUUUGUAAGAAGAUCCCAUUUAUCGAGAUAAUUAAUUAGGUAGUAAUUAAUUAUGUUAGUUAGUUAUAUUUGCUCCUCCUCAUCCAUCCUUCCGCGAUUAAUUAGUAGUUAAAUAUUCUCAGCAUCCUUCCGCGAUUAGUUAGUUAACUAUUAUUAUGUAGCUAUCACCUGUUGAUGAAGUGUGAGGUAAGUAAGUACGAUUUAAUUAACUAAUUAAUAAUUAAUUACUUUACUACUAUUCAAUUAAGUCAAGAAUUAUAUUAUUAUUCUGAUAAUGAAUCUGAACUAAUACAUAACAUAAAUAACUCUUAGUACAAAUAUUAAAUACUUUAUAUUACAUUAAUUGUUAAGAUCUGUUUUAGCUAGACGUUUUACCAGAUAGUUGGUUAGUUAGUUAGUUAAUUAAUAACACUCAGGAGUUAGUUAAUUAACUACUGUCUCUGUGAAUAUAAUUUGACGGAGAUAGUAGUUAGUUAAUUAGCGACGUCAACGAUGUCAUCGUCAGUCUACUUUGACCUGUUAUAUUAUGUUGUUACGUUAAACACGUUGACCUGCCAGGUCAAACACGAGUUGGUUGGAGGAAGAGAGAUAAAAAAAGAAUAAAUAAUAUAUAUAUACGUUAGAAA